AUGACCCCGGAGGAGGAAGGCUCCCAGACAGGGCCCCCGGAGCGGGUGCGUAUCCGGGUGGAGGAGCAGUCGUUUUGGGUGGAGAAGACCUUGCUGGUGGAGAGCAGCGAGUACUUCCGUGCCCUCUUCCGCUCAGGCAUGAGGGAGAGCAUGCAGGAGGAGAUCGGGCUGGGGGAGCUGAGCGCGGCCGGGUUCCUCGCCAUGCUGAGGGUACUGGCGGGUGAGAGGCCCAUCCUCAGCAGUGAAGAGACCUUCCAGGCGGUUGAGUGUGCUGCCUUCCUGCAGGUGAAGCCCUUGGCCAAGUACUUGAUCCACUCCAUCAACUCUGACAACUGCAUCCUGCUAUAUCAAGCCGCUGCCAUAUUCGGUCUCCUGGACCUUUUCCACUGCGCUGCGCUCUACAUUAGGGACAGCUACACUGAGCUGGAGGACUACCUGGACUGCCUCUCCACUGACCUGCUGGCCUAUGUGGAAGCCCUCCUACCCAGCACCUUUGUGGCAGUGGGAGCCCACACCCCAACCUUCGAGUUCUUGGAGGACCUCUCCAGGACCAUCUGCUACCUGGAUGAGGAGACCAACACAUGGAGGACCCUCUCCUGCCUGCCGCUGAGCGCCAGCACAUUCCUAGCCGGCAUGGCAACCAUGGAUAACAAGAUCUACAUUGUGGGCGGCGUCUAUGGGGCCAGCAAGCAGGUGGUGGAGAGCAGCUUCUGCUACGAUGCCGACGCCAACACCUGGAGCGAGUUCCCCAGCCCUCAUCAGCUGCGCUACGACGUCAGGCUGGUGGGCCACGAGGGCUACCUCUACGCCAUCGGCGGGGAGUAUGAGAAGAUCUCACUGAAGUCUGUGGAGAGAUACGAUGUGGCCUCCAGCACCUGGACGUUUGUCUCAGACCUGCCGCAGCCGAGCACGGCGGCACCCUGCGCCCAAGCCAUGGGGCAGAUCUUUGUUUGCUUGUGGAAGCCACUGGACACCACCGUCAUCUAUGAGUACGAAACCCAGCAAGACGCGUGGCUUCCCGUCACCGAGCUCAAGCGGCACCAGAGCUAUGGGCACUGCAUGGUGGCCCACCGCGACAACCUCUACGUCAUGCGCAACGGCCCCUCGGAUGACUUCUUGCGUUGCGUCAUCGACUGCUUCAACCUGACGUCGCGGCAAUGGACCGCCCUGCCUGGGCAGUUCCUGAACAGCAAAGGAGCCCUCUUCACCGCUGUCAUCAGGGGUGACACCGUCUACACUGUCAACAAGAUGCUGACCCUCCUCUACUCUGUGGAAGAGGAGACCUGGAGGCUCAAGAAGGAGCGGGCAGGUUUUCCACGCAGCGGCUCCCUGCAGACCUUCCUCUUGCGGCUGCCGAGGCGUGACCACGAUGUCGCAACGUAG